UGUCCGAGCUCAAAAGGCAAUAUAGAUAGCCAAGCUUACAAAAGCACCAGCACAACAAAUUCGAUCUCUUGAAGCUAGCUUUCUCAACAAGAUCCCUGCGAAGAAUGUCCAGCUCUAAGGGACUUAGUAGCUCUGUGCCUCCCCAAGGUGGCUCUGGUGCAUCCAAAAGGCAUACGGACACUCAUCAUGAAGUGACAAACCUUCCAGGAUCGAAAGGUUUUCUGACACCUCGGAACAACAACCAGCAGCCCUACAAUGGUCAAGGUGCUCACAGCCUCACAUACGGGUUCAAAACAUUUGCCACAAAAGCAAGGGCAGGUCCAAAUUGGUUGUAUAAGCCAAGAACCAAAAUGAGCAGGGAUUAUCAACACUUAUUCAUUGUUCAUUCCUCUGUGAAGAUUACACUGUACAUAUGUAUAUAGGUGAUACGACAUACGCAAAAUAUUAUUGUAAAUAGCUGUGCACCAAGCUAGGUCAUUAUAUCCACAUCCAUGGGAAGGAAAAAAUAGUUCAAACAUGUUAUUUGUUGAAAUUUGUUGUAUACUCCUUAAAAUGGGGAGUUUAUAUAUCUUCAAAAGUAUUGUACAGCACAUAUUGUUCAAUGUAAAUCCUCACAGCGUUACUUUUUUUUGUUUCCAACAACCAUGUUAACAGAAAGUUUUGUGCUCUAUAUAUGAAGUACUAUCCUCACAUCCGAAGACA